GUCAACGAUUCUUGGCGAAUCCGAAUUUGUUGUCCAUUUCCUGUUUCGAAGAGGUUGAAGUCUGCCAACUGCUCGUGGACCUCUACUCACGGGUUUCUUGGAGAGGGCUAGACGAUCCAGGCGAACUUUCGACACUCUCUGGCACAGGAGAGUCUCUCCAUGAAGCAUCGACGUAGACAGCGUCCGGAGGAACUAGGUCUUGAUUGGACAGACGGGUGACGCCGAGAAAUCGACUGUCCCGGGAAGAGCCCGAAGGCACCCGUUUUGACUCCGUCACACAGAGCAAACUAGAAGCGGCGUCUCGUCGAAGAUGCGCCAAUGGCUUCUGUGGACAAUGCAGCUAUUCAACCGCCAAAGCGGAGCAGCGAGACAGGGGGGCGCUGGGAUAGCGGCCUGUCCUCGUCUCCCGAGGCCGACGCUUCAGGACACUCGUCCUGUCGAAGGAUGACGCCAGAGACCGUGAAUGACGGAACGUCUCUAGGCUUUUUAGAGCCGGAGCUGUUGUCGGCUGGAUCGUCUCGUGUGCGCGUUGCAGUCCGCAUUCGAGGCUAUCCGCCGGAUGCUCCUCCACCUCCACAGACUGUCGUCCUGCGCAUGUUGAACGAUGAGACACUGCAGCUGAGUCGUCCUGCAGGCUUUUCCGCCAGCGCAGCUGCUGCCGCUGCCGCCGCGGCAGCCGGGAACUACCUAGGAAGCUCCAGCGUUGUGCGGUGCGGGACUCUGCCUCGGAACGCGGGAGUGUGUAGCGGGAGCACCCCUUGCUACCUCUCUUCCCAGAAAGAGUGGACGCAGGAGUACUCUUUCGACAGAGUCUUCGGCCCUGCCGCUACGCAGGAGGAGGUGUACGUCAAGACGACCCAGUUCCUGUUGCCUCAUGUCGUUCAUGACGGCGUCCACGCGACGGUCUUUGCCUAUGGAGCUACGGGGGCGGGGAAGACGCACACCAUGCUCGGCACAGACCAGCAGCCGGGAAUUAUGAGACGCGCAGUGCAAGACAUUUUCUUUCUGCUUGAGCAGCUGGAACGUUUCGGCAAAGGCUCCGCACCGACAACUUGUACGCGAGCGGCGAGUGGCCUGCACGCAAAAGGCCGGUGCGAAGCUUGCCCAGGGUGCGCCAUUCACCAGAGCUCCACGGUUCACGUCUCGUAUCUGGAAGUAUACAACGAGAGAAUCCGAGAUCUUUUAGAUCCCAGUCGAGUCUCCCUAGAAGUCCAGGAAGACUCAGGAAAGGUUCGUGUGAGCAACCUAUCCGAGCACCCAGUCGCGGGGCCUGAGGACGCCCUGGCCCUUCUCGCGCAAGGAAACAAAAACCGCUGCUGUGCGGCGACGGCGGCGAACUCGACGAGCAGCAGAUCUCACGCCAUUUUCCAGCUGGUCGUGAAGAGCGAGUGGCUUAGCAAAACCAAGGGCACUUUCGCCAAGACCGAGGCGAAGCUGUCUCUCAUCGAUUUAGCUGGCUCAGAGCGAGCGUCCGCGACAGUCAAUCGGGGCCACCGGCUGCAGGAAGGCUGCCACAUCAACCAGUCUCUCUUGGCUCUGGCGAACUGCAUCAACGCCCUCCACCUGCGACAGCAGAUGGAACGCGUUGCUUCAGGAGCUUCCGGCAAGGCGGCCAAAUGCCCAACUGGGUCGUCGAAACCCGACGCCGUGCCCGCGAGUGGACUUUCGGCCAUGUCAGGUCCGGUCUUCGUGAACUACCGAAACAGCAAACUCACGCACCUGCUCAAGUCGUCCCUAGAGGGUCACUGCCUCGUGGUGAUGAUUGCCAACGUCCACUUCACAGCUUCAGCCUACGCGGAAAGCAACAACACACUCAAGUACGCAAAUCGGGCAAAGAAUCUGAGGGUGAAUGCGGGGGGUCUCCGCGGUGCGGGACUGGUGGGGGCCGCGUCGACGUCACAGGACAAGGCCCGCCUUCUGCGGCUCGUGCACGAGCAGGCGCAGCAGCUCAAAGAGGAGCAAGAAAAGUCGCUUUCUCUGGAGCAGAAGUUAGAGGCAGCACGUCAGGAGAAUCAAGGUCUCCGACAAGAAUUGCAGCGAAAAGGUCUUCAGGUGGAGAAGCUGCUACGCCGAUACCAGGAGCUCAAAAAGGCACGCAUGCAGGGUCCCGGUGCCCCGGAGGCAACCAAAGAGAAUCGGGAGUCCAAUACGCGGUGUUCGUCCAAACGCGAUUUCUCCUCGUGUAAUCCAAAGGACCUCGAAUGUCUGAGCGACAGAGAAAAUGCAGAAGAUGUGUGCAUGUCGUCUUCGACGCCCAAGAGGCAGUUCAUCACACGACCGGACUCACUACAAGGUUGUGCGUGUUUUGUCUCCUCCAAGGGGGAGACUGGAGAUGAACUAGCUCUUUCCGCGAAUGUGCAGUGUCCCGUUAAAUGCUCGGGAAACGUUGUGGAAGCCUCUCCCGCAUCCACCCCGCUUCGGCCAUGUGUCGGAGGAACCCCCUCUCGCCCCACCGGAGAGGCCGAGAGUGAUUCACUUCAGUCGGUUGACCCCAAGAGACCCAGUCGACAGUUACGGUCUGCCGAAAGGAGCCGAACGAGGCGCGCGGGGAUGUACUCACUCAAAACCACUGGAGAGAACUCGGAAGCAAGCCCCGGGGUCGAGGCAGCUCACAGUGUUGGAUGCCCUGCGCGACCUCCGUCCCCCAGCAGCGCCUCACUGCGCCGCUCGCUGCGUCUGGCCAGUCUGCCAGAACGCAGAACCUACGAAGCACAGUGCUCGUGCUGUGACGGCUGGCGUGGAGAUGACCAGCGGGCGUCUGAGGCUACGCUGCGGAGACAGGACCGGGAAAAUGUUGGGCACCCGCAGGACCACGACACCAAGAGCGAGCCGAGCACAUCUCUCCGUCGAGACGUGGACAAAGGUCUGUCGGUCGCUUCUCCGACGCCCCUCUCUGCCCGGCGAGAACGGAAACGCGGCGCGUCCUGCUGCGACAGCGCACUCUUCACGACCGCUGUGCCAACACCAGCGACUUCGGGGAUUCCUCCGACCUCUCCGUCCCCUGCAGAAGCGUCUGACAAGCAGACACUGGCGCCUGCCGAGUUUCCCUUGCUGUAUGGGUUGCGAACAUCUCCGAAAGAAUUGCCCUCGGACUGUCCUGAGUAUCCGCGUGGGCAGGGCGGAGCGGGAGCUCACGCGCGCUGUCACCGUAAGGCGGGACCGGUGAGUGAACAGGACAGUGGCGGAUUGCGGUCUGUGGAUCUCGAAGCAGCCGCCGCAGCCGUAGAGGAAUCUCCGGAGAAGUGCACAAAAACCGAGACGCUUCUCCGGCGAGGUGGCCGCCUUCCUCGGACUGGCAGUCGGGGGGCAGGGGGAGCUGGAGGGCGCAAGGCGAUCGGGACGACUGGGCGAGGUCGGGCACCCAUCUCGACGCAUGCAGCGCCUGCCUGCGCCUCGAGCCUCAGCAGUCGAGGCGGGAGGAAGGGGGUGCUCCCCUCAAAAGAGCCCAACAAAAACUGCCGGAUCGGCACGUUUCUGAAGGAGACGACGAAAGGCCCCACUUGCCGGGGGACGGCUCCUGUAGGAGCGCCGCAGCACCAGGCGAGGAGUGCUGACAGGAGGAGGGGAAACAGUCGCGAACGGCGAGGAGACGCCAACCUUGACUGGAGAGCGCCGGGCGAGGACAGGCAGGCCGCAAAGGAGGAGGGACAGCUCCACGCAGAGAGCAGCUCGAAAGACAAGAUCUCGCUGCAUCCGGCAACGCGUAGCAGCGCCAAUGUGGAGACAAGCAGAGAAUUGAGGGCUCUCCGAUCUGACUUCGGCUGGCAGUCACGAGAGAAGAAACGACGAAGAAUCCGGGACAUGUCGGCAGCGAGCAGCACCACGGCAGAGGAUCGUUCAUUGCUCCGCGCGCAAAUGGCGACCAAAGACAGCCUUUCUCGCUGUCGAGCCAAGCGAGUGACGGGCGAAGGUGUUGUGCGGAAUGCUUCAUGCCUUCGUGUCGAGACCACGAUGGGAGAGGUAUAUCUGCCGCGGUCGGUCGAAAGCCAGGCAAGAGGCAAUGUCAUGCAAGAGCCUACAGCGCUGGAAGCCAGCACCACGCGAGAACCUUCCGUCAUGUCUGACACCUGGAGUUUCGCCUCCGAGUCAAGUUUCACGAAACCCAUGCAGUCGCGUCACAGUUUGUGCGAAAGUGAAAGUGGUGCAGCCGCUGAGGCAUCGAACGCAGCGGAGGGACCUACCUCAUCGGCUGCGAGAGAUCGCCCGUUGCUCACAGCUGAGAGGCAGUUGCAAGUCUGCCACCAAUCAACGGGGGCUGGUACAGCCCAUUCAGACACAGCUACGCGUCGCCCCAAUCGGUCUGCAGACGGGAGCUCCAACGCGCGCUUGGGAAAUGUAAAAAUUCCUGUUUGUAGCAGCAGCGACCGAAGUGAAGCCUUUCGGAAGACCAGCCAGUCCGCAUGCGGUCCAAUUAAGCGCCCCGAUGCGGCAGGAUGCUCGAUUCCGACGACUCCUCUUCUCGAAGCCGGUGCCACGGGUGGGCUCGCCAUGAAGGAAGGAGAAAAGCUUAUCUCUUCUCGCAGUGGCGACGGAGGGAAGAGUGUGAAACCGUGUGAUCUCGGGGCACGGUUCGGCUGUCUGAAGAGCAGAAGCACCUUACAGGGUGGCGCCGAAUCCACAAGCAGAUAAGCGCCGACUCGGGGCUCGGAAGGGACGUGCGCAGCUGGCUGUAGUGGGCGCGGGAACAGGCACUGACCCAAGUGCCGCAGCGAUGACAGAUCAGGUAUUUAGUUCUUUGUUUAAGCAGAGAGCAGUGGAUAAGCAGGACGGGGGGGAGCGCUACCUAAAAAGAAUGGAUAGUUAUCACCCAGGCUGUGUGUGCAGUGGCCCAGCUACACGGCUAGUGUCAAUUAAUGUAAGGUUCAACGGCUAAGGCGUUUUCCAGUCCAGAUAUCCGGCAGCUCGGUAGUGGGAAAAGGACACACGCGUGACAAGCAACACUUUGACGCGGAAAAGAUUUCGAGGCCGGAUUGGAUGGUAGGCCUCUCUCCCAAGGGUAGGCUUCGUCAUUGAUCUUACCACUCAUUGAGUCGGAGAACUGCGAUCUACCCAGGCUGUUCGAAGGCAACGAGUUCGGCUGCGUUAGUAAUCUCUGGAGUGUGAUGAGCAGGAAGAGUGAAGACAGUUUUUACGGCGCCCUUUGAUGGUUAGUAUAUCCCAGCGGCAAUACAGGACUUCACCACGGUUAUAGAAUUCACGAGACGCAGGCGGACCUGGCGUAGGCAAGCAGGUGCCACGAAGAUUUUGAGAGUUGUCUUUUGGGACGUCCGAAUAGACAGAGGAACGAAGGAGAUAACUCCGGGCGCAUGACGGGGCGGAUGCGUUAACGUAGCGAAACGCAAUCUUUGAAUAUGAUGCCAGCUUCAUGUACGGGGAGCGUCAUCUUUGAGGAAAGAAGUAUCGCCCAGAAGCUGCGGAGUGUGGGGACCGCAGCGAUUUGCCACACAAGGAAAGAGUAGACAGUCAAAAGCCAGCAAUAAGGUAGCGGGUAACUGACAAAGACAGAGUUCCUACUAGGCCACGACGAUGGGUCGUCUGCUUGAUCUGUUGACACAUAAUGUCCAAACUCCCCCGACACGCUUCAACAAUUCACGGAGUUGGCCACACUGAGUAGAGCCGGCGAGUACAUGCGGGUGAAGAAGCGUGCGAACUGUGCCUGUUGUUUUUUGUCGAGGAAUUCCUGUGUUUACAGGGGGUUACCGAAGCCCUCAUCCACUAUCGCGAAUUUUUGCCCAGUGCGCACAGUAUACACGGGGAAUGCUUUGCCGACAGGAUCUCUCGUGAACUCGUACAGUAAUCUAUCUGCAA